UCCGUGGUGCGAGGCUGCGUCAUAGACUUUGCGUCACGUUGCGCGAGCGUGCGAAACGUCAAGGUAGGACAAGACAGGGCAGGGCAAGGUGGGGAAGGUGAGACUGAAAUUCGCGCUCAGUGCCAGUCCGUCGCCGUCGCUCGAGCUAAGAUGGCAACCAUGUUAUCGCGGGCGAUCUCACUCGCGGAGAGUCUCGGCCGUUUCAACAGCUCCAAGAUAUUAGCGUGCAAAAUCAACCCAGCAAAACAGCAGACCAGGAAUUUAAAUGUACACGAGCACAUUAGCUACAGUUUACUUAAUGAGGCCGGUGUACCUACCCCAAAAUUCGGCGUUGCCAAAACUCCCGACGAUGCGGCCAAACUCGCUGCCGACCUAAAAACUAAGGACAUUGUCUUGAAGGCUCAGGUCCUCGCGGGCGGCAGAGGAAAAGGGCACUUCAAAGGAUCCAGCGUUAGCGGAGUAAAGAUGUGCGAAACACCGGAAGAAGCUAAAGCAUUGGCAGGUCAGAUGCUGGGUAAACUGCUGAUCACGAAGCAAACCGGCGAAGCUGGUCGGAUAUGCAACGCCGUGAUGGUGACGCAACGUAUGUUCCCCCGCAAGGAGUAUUACCUCGCUGUCAUGAUGGAAAGAGCCUUUGGUGGUCCCGUCAUAAUAGCAUCCAGCCAAGGUGGGGUGAACAUCGAGGAGGUCGCCGCGACAAAUCCAGGUGCCAUCAUGUAUGAACCUAUCGAUCUUAAAAAGGGUAUUACAAAGGAACAAGCGGAGCGUAUAACUACCAAGCUUGGCCUCGAGAACGUCAAGGACUACAUUUCUAACAUAAUUAUGAACCUCUACCAAAUGUUCCUUAAGAAAGACGCUCUGCUCUUAGAAGUAAAUCCUCUUGCUGAAGAUAUUAACGGAAACUAUUUUGCUUUGGAUUGCAAGUGUCGGUUCGACGAUAACGCCGAAUUCAGGCAGAAGGAAUUGUUUGCAUUGAGAGACUGGACUCAAGAAGACUCUAAAGAAGUUGAGGCCGCCAAGUUUGACUUGAAUUACAUCGCGCUUGAUGGUAAUAUAGGUUGCAUGGUGAACGGAGCUGGUUUAGCUAUGGCCACUAUGGACAUUAUAAAACUACACGGCGGCGAACCGGCCAAUUUUCUCGACGUUGGUGGCGGUGCGUCAACUUCUGCGGUGAAAGAGGCAUUUAAGAUCAUCACUUCUGAUUCACGGGUUCACGCUCUUCUAGUUAAUAUUUUCGGAGGUAUUAUGAGAUGCGACGUCAUAGCGGAAGGUAUCAUCGCAGCGACUAAGGAACUAAGUUUAAAAAUCCCUGUGGUCGUUAGAUUGCAGGGCACCAACGUUGAUGAGGCCAAAGCUUUGAUCGCGAAUGCAGGCUUAAAGAUCGUGCCGAUUGAUGAUCUCGACGAGGCUGCACGGGUCGCGGUGAAAUUGUCGACUAUCGUUAAGUUAGCGCAAUCCGAAAAUCUCAGCGUAAAUUUCGAGAUACCAGCAAUUUCAUAGGGAAUUAGAAAAAAAUCGUAAUUGAGAGAUGUUAAGAAUAAUAUUUGCAAAAAAAGAGAAAUAUAUUCAACCGUUGAAAGACUCAAAGAACAUCUAAAAGUACAUUUGACAUCUCACAAAAAAUAUACAGUAAUAAAACUUCCUAUGUAUAAUAACACGCGCUCUUUCUGUCAAACAGCGCGCACGUUUUCGAACGAAUUUGUCUUUUGAAUCUUUGUGUAAUUCGUAGAAUGAGAAGACAAGAUACACAUCUUGUGGAUGCUUUCUAUUUUGCGAAAGUGACUACGCCGUGUAUCGGAUAUUAAAAUCUUGAGAAAACAGGUAGAUACUAAUAUAAACAUAUAUUUUUUUUUAAUACGUUGGAUGCGCGCAAGAGAUAAAUGUAACACAGAACUAUGCGAAGUUACUCACAGAGAUAUAAUUUAUUGUUUGCCCUGUAACAGGGCUCUGUGAUUCAGUAUUAAGGAAUUAAGUUAUGUAAUAUAAUACCUAUUCGUGCAGUCUUGUUGAAAAUGGGUGUGCACUCUUGUGUGCGGAGAAUAUACAAAUGAGUGUAAGUACACGCCUGUUCUUUAUAGACAAAACCUUGUGCGUCGCCCGAAAAUCAUCGAACGUGGAAAGUGUGUGCGCAUCUGGAAAGGCCUAUUUAAUGUAACACACACACACACACAUAUAUAUAUAUAUAUAUAUAUAUAUAUAUAUAUAUAUAUAUAUAUAUAUAUAUAUAUAUAUAGCGAUGUGCAACAUACAUAAAUUAUUUUGCAUAAUUUCAGCUUGUUUUUGUAUUCUCAAUGAACGAUCGAAUCGUCGUCAGGGUUACACCUAAUUAAUAAGAUCCAAUAAUUAGGGAGAAUUUUAUCCAGCCAAAAGUCGAUCAUCGAGCAGACAUGUUUCGCCGCAUGAUUUAUUACUCAAGUUAUAUAUCGAACAAAGAGCAAUUUGAUCGUACAGAAUUAUCGCGAGGGUCUGGAGAAUUCUCUGUAAAUACGGGGUUCCGUUUAUUUGUGUAACCAUGAUAAGGAAAGAUAAGUAAAGAAUAUUCGUGUAAAAAGUUCUCGAAAUCCUGUAUUUGCUGAACAAUCGAAUUAAAAUUCUUUCGUAUGUCUCGUGUAAAAAAAUAAUAAAACCGUAAAAUUAGUGUUGUA